CAUGAUCCAAAUGUUUACUGCGGAAGGAAUAUGGCGGAUGUUGAAGUGCGAGGAUGAUCGCCGAUUUCUGCGUUAAAAUGGGUGCAAAUGCAUCUCAGCUAGAAAAGGAGAUUGGAACAGACCAAUUCCCAAUUAAUGAACACUACUUUGGACUAGUCAAUUUUGGCAAUACUUGCUAUUGCAACUCGGUGCUACAAGCCCUGUAUUUUUGCCGACCAUUCCGGGAAAGGGUGCUCCAUUAUAAACAACAACAAAAGAACCAGAAGAAAGAGAGCCUCUUGACAUGUCUGGGAGAUCUCUUCUACAGCAUUGCAACACAGAAGAAAAAGGUGGGAACCAUUGCACCAAAGAAGUUUAUACAAAGGCUACGUAAGGAGAAUGAGGUGUUUGACAAUUAUAUGCAACAGGAUGCUCACGAGUUUCUCAAUUACUUGCUGAAUACAAUAGCUGACUUGCUUCAAGCUGACAAGCAAGGCACCAAACCUAAAAAUGGUCCAGUGGACCCCAACCAUCAGUGUAAUGGCAAGCCUGAACCAACCUGGGUCCACGACAUCUUUCAGGGGACACUAACCAAUGAAACCAGAUGUCUUAACUGUGAGACAGUAAGCAGUAAAGACGAAGACUUCCUGGACCUGUCCGUAGAUGUAGAACAGAACACGUCCAUAACUCACUGUCUGAGAGAGUUCAGUAACACAGAGACCCUGUGUAGUGAGCACAAAUACUACUGUGAAGUCUGCUGCAGUAAGCAGGAGGCUCAAAAGAGGAUGCGAGUGAAAAAGUUACCCCAGAUUCUAGCUUUACAUUUAAAGCGUUUUAAGUACAUGGAGCAGUUGAAUAGAUAUACCAAGUUGUCAUAUCGAGUUGUGUUUCCUUUAGAGUUACGACUCUUUAACACUUCAGAUGAUGCCUACAAUCCAGAUAGGAUGUACGACCUGAUAGCUGUCGUAGUGCAUUGUGGGAGUGGACCAAACCGAGGCCAUUAUAUCAGCAUUGUAAAGAGUCAUGGCUUUUGGCUGCUCUUUGAUGACGAUAUUGUAGAUAAAAUAGAUGCCUCUGCAAUAGAAGAUUUCUAUGGCUUGACAUCAGACCUUCAGAAGAAUUCAGAGUCUGGAUACAUAUUAUUUUAUCAAUCGAGAGAAUGAAGAAAAGAAGGGGGAAGAAUAGCUUGUGAUAUUUUAAGUAGAAGAGUUCAUAUACAUAGUGUUUUCCUAAUAUUGUGGAAGUUAUUUUAUUGAAGGGGGAUGUAACCAUUAUGAUAUUUCACUGUA